CUGGGGCACCCGCUCGCCUCGGGCUCGGGCUCCGGCUCCCGCCGCGUGGGCCAGGCAGCGGCGGGGCCGUGGCUCCGCGGCGCGGGCCGGGGGCGUGCAGGCGUCCGCGCCCUCGGGUGGCGGUGUCGCCCGGGCCCCAGCGCCGCCGCCCCCGCCGUCCGCGCGCCGAGGCGCAGGUUUGGACCCCUUAAAAAAAAAAAUCAUUGUGCCAUGACCAACUGCGCUAGCUAAUGUGACAUAAACCAGCUCCCUCUGCCCUGCCCCACAGUGACUUUUGCCAGGAGUUGAGUGGUGGGCACGGACUACCUGGUCAUCUGUCAGUGCUGCCCGUGGCCAGGUCCGAGGCCCAGCCGUGGCCAUGCCUCCCCCCGCCUGCUAACCUGCAUGGUGUGGGUGCCCUUGGGGCCCCAGAGGACUGACUGCCGGACUCAAGCCCCCAACAGCAACUCCCCCGAGAUGGCGCUCGAGUGGCUGGUGGCCUGGAGCUGGUCGCUGGACGGCCUGCGGGACCGCGUCGCCACCGGCAUCCAGUCCGUGCGGGACUGCGACGCCACCGCCAUCGUGACCGUGGCCGGCCUGCUGGUCCUGUUCGUGUGGUACUGCUACCACGUGGGCCGGGAGCAGCCCCGGCCCUAUGUCUCCGUCAACGCCCUCAUGCAGGGCGCGGAUGCCAGCGGGCUGCAGAACGGGUACGUGCACUGCCAGUCGCCCGAGUGCGUGCGCUGCUCCCACAACGAGGGGCUCAACCAGAAGCUCUACCACAACCUGCAGGAGUACGCCAAGCGUUACUCCUGGUCGGGCAUGGGCCGCAUCCACAAGGGCAUCCGCGAGCAGGGGCGCUACCUCAGCAGCCGGCCCUCCAUCCAGAAGCCCGAGGUCUUCUUCCUGCCUGACCUCCCCACCACGCCCUACUUCUCCCGGGACGCCCAGAAGCACGACGUGGAACUGCUGGAACGCAACUACCAGACUGUCCUGUGCGAGUUUGAGACCCUCUACAAGGCCUUCUCAAACUGCAGCCUCCCGCAAGGUUGGAAAAUGAACAGCACCCCCAGCGGGGAGUGGUUCACCUUUUACUUGGUCAACCAGGGGGUUUGCGUCCCCAGGAACUGCAGAAAGUGCCCACGGACUUACCGCUUGCUCGGAAGCCUUCGGACCUGUAUUGGGAACAAUGUUUUUGGGAACGCGUGCAUCUCAGUGCUGAGUCCGGGGACUGUGAUAACGGAGCACUACGGGCCCACCAACAUCCGUAUACGAUGCCAUUUAGGUCUGAAAACUCCAAGCAGCUGUGAACUGGUAGUUGGGGGAGAGCCACAGUGUUGGGCGGAAGGGCGCUGCCUCCUCUUUGACGACUCCUUCCUGCACACUGCGUUCCAUGAAGGUUCACCGGAGGAUGGCCCCCGGGUGGUUUUCAUGGUGGAUUUGUGGCAUCCAAACGUCGCAGCGGCCGAACGGCAGGCCCUGGAUUUCAUCUUUGCUCCGGGACGAUGAGAACAUUCCAGGGGCCGGAGCUGGUGAGAGGGGCCGAGGCCCAGCGUGGGCAGACGGUGGUACAGUUGAGCCCCUGCCUGUGUUAUAAUUCCAUCUUCAGAAACUCGUCCCAACGGAAAGCUCUCAUUUGGGGUUUUCAUAUCAUGUUGGGUCCCUCUUUGCUUUGGUUACUGUAAAUGGAAACUUCUCAGCUUGUAUUUCCUUAGAUUUUUUUUAUUUUCCUUGCAAUCAUUUGCUUCGGAGAUUUUUUUCUGGCAUAAUAGCACAUUCCUUUGACUCUGUGACUAGAGACCUGGUGCCCUAUAGUCUGUUAUGUUGCUACUUUGUUUUUCAGUGCUUCGAAAUAGAGUAACCAACUGGUUGUUUGUCUGAAUGUAAUUAUGUAAAACUUCUUGUGGUCAUCUUAAAAGAAAACAAAAAGCUGCAAACCAGAGAGCUGGCCUCUGCGGCUAUCACAGUCACACAGGGGACCCUUCGGUGGCCCCAGGGCAGGGGAGGCAUCUGCAGUCCCCACACUCUGCUGGCUCCAGCAGCAGGGUGGAGAGGCUGCCCUUGGUCAAGGGCCGGGCACGGCGUCCGGGCCUGGGGAAACCGUCACCAUCGCUCAGCUCACCCCAAACUCUUGUCAGGGCCAUGAUGGCAAAGUGCGUUUUGACUGGUGGUACUGGAGGCUUUUUUUGUAAAACAUAGCUUUCCUGCAGAGCUGAGGCUGGUGUCCUUGAGAGCCGAUUUGGGCUCCCACAGAGCAGCCUCGGAAGGUCUGAUUCAUUUACCUCACUGCCUACAGAAGCCCUACUGCCAGACUGGGCUUGGAAAAUUCCCAGAUUUAGGUGUUUGGAGUCAAUGGUGAUGGACAGUAAGACCGCCAGGUUGGUGGAUAGGAGCUGUGGUGGAAUAAGACAUCACUCAUCUAGUGAAAUCCUGGGAGAGCCUUUCCCUGGCAAAACUGGAAUCUUUAGAUCUGCCCAAAGUGUCCGUUUUGAUUUGGAGUUUUGUUGCCUAUGAUUUCCCAUUUAUUUGUCUGUACAUAAAUGUUUAAAUGCUGAACUUGGAGCUAUGCGAGAAAGUUGGUCCCAUGUCUUCGCCAUUGCACAGGGCGUGGGCUGAGUGACUGCGACCUAAGCCAGUGGGUGUUAGUGGGAAAACUGGGAAGACCUCGAACCCAAAGGACCCAGGGUCUCUCUGCCAGCUUUCUGGUCUUCCAGGAUGGGUGUGCAGCUCUCUUCCCAAAGGAAGAGUCCAGUUUGAGGCACUAAGUCAAGAAACAGCCUCCUGUUAGCUGAUGUGUGAAGGCCUACCAGCCAUUCUAGAAUUGCCUUUUUUGAGUAAUGUAUUAUGGUGUCAGGUUUGUAAAGCCAAAGAGCAGUCUGUAAUAUGCAGCUUGUCACACGUUCAACUCCAGAGUUUCUAUCCUAAUGGAAACCAGCAGCUUCUAUGGGGAACAACUAUCAGAAGUAAACACAGUCUGAAUGUACUAGGUACUUCCUAGCAAGUGUGCAAAGAAAAAUGUCUACAGCUGAGUAAAAUGUAUACACAGAUAUCUGUCAGUGAUGAGAUUGCCAGAAAAGGCAGAAAUCUCCAACAUACCUGAAGUAUUUUUACUCCUUCAGUAUCUUGUUAAAGAAUCACUGAGGUGCAUGAUUUCUACACAUCCCGACUUCUCUGCUCUGUGUUUACAAAACCAACAGCCCACGCAGGUACCUGGCUACCUGCACUUGUGUGACAUGGUUGGGGAACAGAAGAUAAAUAAAGGAUCUCACUGAAAACCAGGGUGAAGUGGUGACCUCGUCUGUUGGAGUGAAUCCGGGACUUAGGCAGGGCGGGACUUAGGCAGGGGUCCCCUGGAGCCCUGCUGAAAGCCUGACGCUGCUGGGUUUGGGGAGUGAGUCGCAGAAACAGGCGAGGCAAUCAAAGUGGGGCGCGGUG